AUGUUGGGUGUGGGGUGUGGGUUUGGUGUGGGGUUGGUGUGGUUGUUUGGUGGGGUUUUGGGUUUGGGUGUGGGGUGGUUGGUGUUGGGUUUGUUUGGGGGGGUUGGUGUUUUUUGUUUUUGGGGUUUGGGUGUUUUUGGUUUUGAUUGUGGGGUUGGGGGUGUGGGGUUGUUGGGGUGGGGGGGGGGGUGGGGGUGGGUUGGUUGUGGGGGGGUGGGUUUGGUGUUUGGGGGUGGGGUGGGGUUGGGGUGGUGGUGGGUUGGGUUUUGUUUUGUUUGUGGUUGUGUGUUAGUGGGUGUGUUGGGGGAAGAGAUUUUGGUGUGUUGGUUGGGGGUGUGGGGGUGGGUUGUUGUGGGGGUUGUUUUUGGGUUGGGGUUUUUGAUUGUAUGGUUGGGGGGGGGGGUUUGGGUUGGUAGGGGGGUUGUGUGUGUUUUUUAUUUGUUGGUUGGGGUGUUUUUGUGUUUUAAUAGUGUUUGGGAUAAAUUUGUUUUUGGGUUGUGGGGUGGGUGGGGGGAUGUUGUUGUGUGGGUGGGGGUUGUUGGGGUUUUUGUGGGUGUGGGUUGUGGGUGGGUGUUUUGGGGGGGUUUGUGGUGUGGGGGGUGUGGUGUGGGGGGUGGUGGUGGGGGUUUUGAGUGUUUUGUUUUGGUGUUUUGGGGUGGGAGGGUUUGGUGUAUUUGGUUGUGGUGGGUGUUUGGGGUAGGUGGGGGGGUGGGUGGGUGGUGGGUGUGGGUUUGUGUUUUGGUUUGGUUAUGGGUGUUGUGGUGUGUGGGGGGGGGGGGGGUGUUGGUGUUUUUUUGGUGGUGGUUGUUGGUGUGGUGUGGUGUUGUGGUUUUUUGUGGUGUUGGGUGGGUGUUGGUUUUGUUGUUGGUGGUGUGUGGUUUUUGUUUGGGUUUGGUUUUGGUUGUGGGGGGUUUGUGGUGGUGUGUGGGGGGGGUGGUUGGGGGGGGGUUGGUUGUGUUGUUGUGGGGUGUGUUGUGGUUUUGGGGGGUUGUUGUGGUGUGUUGGUGUGGGGGGGGGGGGGGGUGGAUGGGGGUGGGGGGUGUUGGUGGGGUGUGGGGGUUGGGUUUGGGUGUGGGGUGGGGGUGUUGGGGUUUUUUUGUUUUUGUGAGGGGGGUGUGGGUUUUUUUGUUGGGUGUGGGGUUUUGUGGGGGGGGUUGUGGUGGUGUGGUGGGUGGGUGUUGGUGGGUGGUUGUUUGUUGUGGGUGGUGGGUGGGGGGGUUUGGUGGUUUUGUGUGUGGGUUUGUUGUUUGGGUGGGUUGGUUUGUGGGGGGGUUUGGUGUUGUGUGUGUGGGGUGUUGGGGGUUGGUGUGGGGGUGUUGUUUGUGUUAUUGUGUUUGGGUUGGGGUUGGGUGGUGUUGGUGUGUUUUUGUGGGGUUUUUUUUUGUUGUGUGUGGGGUGGGUUGGGGUGGGUGGUGUGGGUGUUGGGUUGUUUUGUGUGUUUGGUGUGUGGGGUGGGGUGUGUUGGGUGGGGGUGGUGUUGGUGUUUGUAGUGUGUGUUGUGGGUGGUUGUGUGGUGUUGGGUGGUGGUGGGUGUGGGUGGGUGGGGAGUUGGGUGUGUUUUGUUGUUGGGGUUGGGGGGUGGUUGCGGUUUGGGUGUGGGGGUGGGGGGGUGGUUGUGUUUGUUUGGUUUUUUGUGGUUGGGUUGUUGUGGUGGGUGGGUUUGGUUGGUUUUGUUUGGUUUUGGGGGGGUGUUUGGGGGGUGGUGGGUGGGGGUGGUUGGGUGGGGGUGGGUGUUGGGGGGGGUUGUGGGGGGUGGGGGGGGUGUGGGGGGGGGGGGGGGGUUGUAUUGGGGGUUUUUUGUGUUUUGGUUGUGUGGUUUUGGGUGGUUGUUUGGGGGGGUGGGGGUUUUUGGGGGUGUGGUUGUUUGGGGGGUGGUGUGAGUGGGUGUUUGUUUGUGGGGGUGGGGGUUUGUGGGUGUGGGGGUUGUGUGGGGGUGGGUGUUUGUGGGGUGGGUGGUUUGUUAGGGGUUGGUUGUGUUUGUUUGGUUGUGUGGUGGUGUGUGUGUGGGGUUGGGGGUUGUGUGGGGGUUUGGGUUUUGUGGGUGUGGUUUGUGGGGGUGGGGUGUGUGGGGGGGGUGGGUUGUGUGGGUGGUGUGUGUUUGGGUGGGUUUUUUGGGGGUGUGGUGUUUGGGGGUGGGGUGGUGUUGGGUGGGGUGUGUGGGGUGGGGUUGUGGUGGGGUGGGUGUGUGGGGGUGGUGGUUUGUGGGGGGUGUGGUGUGUGGGUGGGGUGGUGGGGGUGUGGGGUGUGGGUGGGGUGGGUGUUUGGGGGUGGGGUGUUGUGGUGUGGGUGUGUGGGGUGGGUGUGUGGGGUGGGGUGUGGUGGGGUUGGUGGUGUGUGGGGUGGUGUGUGUGUUUGGGUUGUGUGGGGGUGGGGUGUGUGGGGGUGGUUGUGUGGGUGGGUGUGGUGGGGUGGGGUUUGUGGGGGUGGGUGGUGGGGGUGGGUUUGUGGGUUGUGGUGAGUGGGUUGGGGUUGUGUGGGGUGUGGUGUUGUGGGUGGGUGUGUGGGGGGUGUGGUGUGUGGGUGGGUUUGUGGGUGGGGUGUUGGGGUGGGGGGGUGGGUGUUGGGUGGGGGUUGUGGGUGGGGUUGUGGGUGGGGGUGUGUGGGGUGGGGUGUGUGGGGUGGGGUGUGUGGUGGGGUGUUUGGGGUGGGGUGUGUGGGGGGGUUGGGUGUGUGGGGUGGGGUUGUGUUUUUUGGGGGGGGUGGGGUGUUUGGGGUGGGGUUGUGGGUGUGGUUGUGGGGUGGGUUGUGGUGGGGGUGUGUGUGUGGGUGGGUUGUGUGGGGGUGGGGUUUUUGGGUGGGGUGUUGGGGGUGGGGUUGUGGGUGGGGUUGUUGGGUUGGGUGUGUGGGGGUGGGGUGUGUGGGGGUGGGGUGUGUGGGGGUGGUGUUGGGGUGGGGUUGUGGGUGGGUGUGUGGGGUGGGGUGUUGGGGUGGUUUGUGGGGGGUGGGUUGUGUGGGUGGGGUGUUGGGGUGGGUGUGUGGGGGUGGGUUUGGGGUGGGGUGUGUGGGGUGGGGUGUGUGGGGGUGGGGUGUGUUGGGUGGGGUUGUGGGUGGGGGUGUGGGGGUGGGUGUGGUGGGGGUGGGGGUUUGGGGGUGGGGUGUGUGGGGUGGGGUGUUGUGGGGUGGGUGUGGUGGGGUGGGUGUGUGGGGGGUGGGUGUGGUGGGGGUGGGGUGUGUGGGGGUGGGUGUGUGGGGUGGGGUGUGUGGGGUGAGUUGUGUGUGGGGUGGGUGUGUGGGGUGGGGGUGUGUUGGGGGUGGGGUGUUGUGGGGGUGGUGUGGUGGGGGUGGGUGUGUGGGGUGGGUUGUGGGGGUGGGUGUGUUGGGGGUGUGUGUGGUGGUGGGGUGUUUGUGGUGUGUGUUUGUGGGUGUGUUGGGGGUGGUGUGGGGGUGGGGGUGUGGGGGUGGGGGGGGGGGGGUGGUGGGGGGGGGGGUUUUUUGGGGGGGGUGGUGGGGGGGGGUGGGGGUUGGGGGGGGGGUUUGGGGUUGGGGGUUGGUUGGGUGUGGUGUUGGGUGUGGUGGGUUGUGGGGGUGGGGGUUGUGGUGGGUUGGGUGGGGGUGGGGGGUGUGGUGGUGGUGUUGUGUUUUGGGGGUGUUGGGGUUUGUGUGGUGGGGGGUGGGGGGUUGGGGGUGGGUGGUGGUUGGUGGUGUGUGUUGGUGGUGGGGGGUGUGGGGUGUGGGUUGUGGGGGGUGGGGGGUGGGGGGGGGUGGGGGGUGUGUGGUGGGGUGGGGUGUGUGGGUUGGGGGGGUGGGGGGGGGGGGGUGGGGGGUUGGGGUGUGGGUUGGGUGGGGGGGUGGGGGUGUUGGGUGGGGGGGGGGGUGGGGGGGUUUUGGGGUUGGGGGUGGUGGGGGGUUGGGGGGGGGUGGGGGGUGUGGUUGGGGUUGGUUUGGGGGGGUGGGUUGUGGGGGUUGUUUGUGGGUUUUUGGUGGGGUGUGUGUUGGGGUGUGUGGGGGGGUGGGUUUGGUGGGGUGGUGGUUGUUGGGUUGGUUGGGUGGGUUUGGUGUGGGGGGUGUGGGGGGGGUGUGGGAUUGGUUGUGUGGGUUUGUGGUAGGGGGGGUGGGGGGGGUUGUGGGGGUGGGGUGUUUGUGGUGGGGGGGGUGGGUGGUGGGGGGGGUUGGGUGGGGUGUUUUGUUUUGGUUUUUGUUGUUGUUUUUGUGUGGUUUUGUUGGGGUUGGGUGUGUGGGGGGGGGGGGGGGGGGGGGGUGUGGGGUGGGGGUUGUUGGGGUGGUGGGGGGGGGGGGGUUUGUUGGUGGGUUUGUGUUUUGGUGUGUGGGGGUGGGGGGGGGGUGGUGGGUGUGGGGGGUGGUUGUUGGGGGGGUGGGGGGGUGGGGGGGGGGGGGGGGGGGGGGUGGGUGGUUGGUGUUGUUGUGUGUGUUGUUGUGGGUGGGUGUGGGUUGUUUGGUGGGGGGGGGGGUUUUGUUGGGGGGUGUUGGUGUUGUUGGGUGGUGUGGUGGGGGGUGUGUUUGUGUGGUUGGUGGGGUGGGUGGGGGGGGGGGGGUGGUGGGUUUUGUGGGUGGGUGGGGGUGGGGGGGGGGUUGGGGGGGUGGGGGGGUGGGGGGUGUGGGGGGGUUGGGUGUUGGUGUUUGUGUGUUGUGGGGUGGGUGGGGGGGGUGGGGGGGGGUGGGGGGUUUUUGGGGGGGGGGGGGGGUGGUUGGGGUGGUGGGGGUGGUUUUUGGGUGGGGGUUGUGGUGGUGGUGGUGUGGUGGUUGGUUGGUUGGUGUGUGGUUGGGUUGGGGGGGGUGUUGGGUUUGGGGUGUGGGGGGUGUGGUUUGUUGUGUUGGGGGGGGGUGGUUGGGGGGUGGGUGUUUUUGUGGUGGUUUGGUGUGUUGGGGGUUGGGUUGGUGGGGUGGGGGGGGGUUUGGGGUUGUGUGGGUGGGGUUGGGGGGGGGGGGGGGUGGGUGGGUGGGUUUUGUGGGUUUGGUUUGUGUGGGGGUGUGGGGGGGGGGGGGGGUGGUUUGGGGGGGGUGUUGUGGGGGGGGUGGUGGGGUGGUUGGUGGGUGGGGUGGGUUUUUGGGGUGGUUAUGGGGUGUGUGUUGUGGGUUGUGGGGGUGGGUGGGUGGGGGAUUUGGGGGGUGUUGUUUUGUGGGGGGGGUGGGUGGUGUUGGUGGUUUUGGGGGGGUUUGGUUUUGGGGGUGGUGGUGUUUUGGUGUUGUUGUGUUUGGGUGUUGGGGUGUUGGGUUGUGUGUGUGUUUUGGGUUGUGUGUGUGGUUUUUGGUUGGGGUGAGGUGGGUGGUUGUGUGUGUGGUUUAGGUUUGGUGUGGUUUUGGUGUGGGGAUGAUUUGGGUUGUGUGUUUGUUUUUGGGUUGGUGGGUGUGGUUUUGUUUUGGGUGUGGUUUGGGUUGUGUUGUGGUGUUGGAUGGUGGGUGUGGUUGGGAGGUUGUGGGUUGUUUGUUGGGUAUGGUGUGGUUUUGGGUUUUGGGUUUGUGGUGGUUGGGGUUGUGGGUGUGGUGGUGGUUGUUGGGUGUGUGGUUGGGUUUGGGUGUGGUGUUGGUUUGUGUGUGGGUUGGGUUGGGUUGUUGGUUGUGGUGUUUGUGGGUUUGUUGUGGUGUUGGUUUUGGUGUGUUGGUUGGUUUGGGUGUGUUUGUUGGUUGUGGGUGUGGUGA